UUCAUGUAUAUAUACUAAUAUCAUUAUUAAUUAUUGAGAGUCAUGAUCUUACCCUUUAAAAAGGACAAUUGAAGAAAGGCACCACCAAAAUUUGAAGCAUUAGUUUGUGGGAGAAUAAUAUAAUAUAUAUACAUAUAUUAAAAAAAAAAAAAAAAAAAAAAACCCCUCCAAGCAGCAUGGAUGUAGAUAAUGUUUUCCAUAUGACUGGAGGAACUGGCCAUACUAGCUAUACAAAUAAUUCCUCUCUUCAGAAGAAGGCAUCAGAUAUGGUGAAACAUAUAACCCUAGAAACAGUGGAAGAAGUUUAUCUGAAAACAACUCCAAAAGUGUUGGGAAUAGCUGAUCUGGGCUGUUCUUCUGGACCAAACACCUUAUCUAUUAUCAAAGAUAUAGUAGAAACUGUUCAAACGACAAGUCGUAUGAUGAAUAUGGUUUCACCACCACAGUUUCAAGUUUACCUAAAUGAUCUUCCAACAAAUGACUUCAACUCCAUCUUUAAGUCUUUACCAGAUUUCUCAAAACAAUUAACACACCAUAUUCCUUCUAUCUUCAUAGGAGCUUAUCCUGGCUCCUUCUAUGGAAGACUCUUUCCCAAUAACUGCCUUCACUUUGUCUAUUCUUCCUAUAGUUUGCACUGGCUCUCUAAGGUUCCUCCAGGUUUGUAUGAUGAGAAGGGAAUGUCUAUAAACAAAGGAAGCAUUUACAUCUGUGAAAGUAGCCCAAAAGGGAUUUCAGAAGCCUAUUUGAAGCAAUUUAAGAAGGAUUUCUCAUUGUUCCUUGGAUCAAGAUCUGAAGAAGUGAUCCAAGGUGGAAGAAUGGUGCUAAUAUUUUUAGGAAGAGAAGAACAUGAUCAUCAUCUUGAUAGAGGCAACUCCUUCUUUUGGCAACUCUUAUCUCGCUCUUUUUCCGUUUUAAUAUCCAAGGGUGUAGUUGAGGAAGAGAAGGUUGAUUCUUAUGAUGUGCAUUUUUAUGCACCAUCAAAAGAUGAAAUUGAAGAAGAAGUGAGAAGAGAGGGUUCUUUCGAAUUGACACUAUUAGACAUGUUCGAAAUAGAGAAGAAUAGUAAUAUUAAUUAUAAUGAGAUGAGCCAAGGAAGAACCAUUGCAAUGACAGUAAGGGCUAUACAAGAAUCAAUGAUUGCUCAGCAUUUUGGAGAAGACAUUUUGGAUACUUUGUUUGAAAUUUAUGCAAACAUGAUAGAUCAAGAAAUUGCUAAACAAGAUAUUAGGCCUAUCACUUUUCUUGCUGUUCUUAAAAAAUUGUGAACUAUUAUUGUGAUGAAUUUCAAAGUGAAAAAAGUUUAGAAAUAUUAAUGUAAUGAAAGUGCCUUUUUUUUCUU